GCGGUUCCGGAGGAUGAGGAGCGGCGGGGACGCUGCUACCUCUGCUCCGCCGAUUAAAGAGCCUCUCCCGCUGUCCGUGUGAGGAAACAGUCGCAGCCAUGGCCACAGACAACUGUCUGUUUGUGUGGUCUGAUCAGUGUGUCAUUGUGUGUCCCCUCUCCCUCUCCCUCCUCCUGCCAGUCACCCCAGAGGCCAUCGGGUUCCUGUCGGCGGUGGGCGUCUUCAUUGUGGCGUUGGCCGUCCUCUUCCUCUUCAUCAAUAAGAAGCUCUGUUUCUCUCGUGUCGGUGGACUGCCCUGUCUGGAGCAACAUGGCCGCCGGAAGAAAGGACGGGUGGGAAUACGCCAAGGGCUCGUGAACAGCUACGGCGAUGAUGAGGACGACAUCAGUUCCUCUGACAGUGAAGACGAGGUCCUGAAGCAGUUUGAGAUCUCUGUGUCGCGCUCGCAGAGUUUUCGUACGGCGGCUACGCACGGCGGAGAGCAGCAGACUCAUCAGACGCAGCUCAGCUUGGGCCGACGACACAAGUUCACCCGUCUGUCAGACCAGGAGGAGGGCAGCACCGAGCCUUCGGACUGUGAAGAGAUGGAGGCUCAGACCCAGACCCGCCAGAGUUUUAAGGACCCGCUGAAAGCAGCUGCAGAGGAGAAAGAGAGGACGCCCUCGCUCGCUCUGGAAAAACCUUCAGGGAUCGAGCUGUUGGACAUCAGGAACAGUCCCACUCCGAGUAUGAGCCGACAGGCGGCGGACGGCAGCGAGGAGACGGAGAAGGCUGCUGACAACGAGAAAAACGAAGCGACGGACAGCUCCUCCACCUGGAGCCCCGAGCAAGAGCAUCCUCCCCUUGAUGAAGUCUCGUCCCAGCCAGUCAGCUCCUCCCCUCGACCUCCCAUCUCUAAAUGUGGAGACCUUGUCCUCUCCCUGGAGUACCGUCCUGACACAGAGAAGCUGCUGGUCACUGUGAUUGCUGCCCGGGACAUCCCUGACAAGGCCCGCAGUGGGAUGGACUCCUGGCAGGUGCACAUGGUACUGCUUCCUUCCAAAAAACAACGGCACAAGACGUCUAUUCAAAGAGGUUCACUGCCGCACUUCAACGAGACGUAUCGCUUUUCUCGUGUGGAUCCAUCCGACCUGCACAUGCUGGCCAUCAGGUUCAGAUUGUACGCACUCGGAGGCAGGAUGUCCCGGGAGAGGAUGAUGGGUGAGAAGGUGCUGCGUUUAGGCGGGCUUGACCCUGAUGGAGGAACGAUGGAGACGACGCUGGUUCUGGAGCCUCGCAGUAACCUUAAGAGCUUGGACUCCCAGCUUAGCCUGUCUGCUGUGUCUCAGAGCGACAGCGCUUCGUCCACUCAGUCUCUGACUCAUGGCGGUGUCCCUGAGCUUCUGGUGGGCCUCUCUUACAACGCCACCACAGGUCGCAUGUCUGUGGAGCUCAUCAAGGGCAGCCACUUCAGAAACCUGGCUCUCAACAGACCACCAGACACCUACGGGCGUUUAACUCUGCUGAACUCGGUGGGUCAGGAGAUCUCUCGCUGUAAGACGUCAGUGCGUCGUGGCCAGCCCAACCCCGUCUACAAGGAGACCUUCGUCUUCCAGGUGGCGCUGUUCCAGCUGUCGGACGUCACGCUGCUGGUCUCCAUCUACAACCGCCGCAGCAUGAAGCGCAAGGAGAUGGUGGGCUGGAUCGCUCUGGGCAUGAACAGCAGCGGUGAAGAGGAGCAGCUCCACUGGCAGGACAUGAAGGAGAGUCGAGGACAGCAGGUCUGCCGCUGGCAUGUUUUGCUGGAGGCGUAACUUUUGAAGUUCUAGGAUUUUUUUUCUUUAAGGGUGAAAGGAAGUUUAUUCUGAAAGUAGAGGAGAAUGAGAAGCCUUGAGUUGAUCUUUGCACAUGAUGAUGCAUGUGGUUUCAGAAACGAUGGAUUCAAGGACUGAGCUUUCUCACCACUAUUGUUACAUCCCUCCAAAGCUGCACAAGCAUUGAAUCUGCCUAAAUAUUUUCUCUAAAUAUGAGGAUGAAAUUAAUCUACUUUCAGAAGCUGACACAUGUAUAUAGAUGUGUUGCUUGAGGAUGAAGUAGAAGGUCAGUAAAUGAAAAGGGGAAAGAGACUUUGGCAAGAUUGUGUGAAAAGAUGGCAUUGAAUUUGGACUCACUCAUGUGGCUCAUUCAUUCCUUCAAGCACACUAAUAUUGUGGAUAAAGAGGAAGUAUUUAAUUGGCAUGUAAAACCUUAAAAUUUUGAAGGUUUUGUUCAGAAAUUCACUUCUCCUUUUCAAUAAGAAGCUUUGUAGAACGUCCUUCAGCCUCCAAGAGGAGCUGAGACCAUGUCCUUCACUCGCAGCUUUCAUCAGGAAAGCAGUGUGGUUGUGAGACGAUGCAGCUGCAGUUUUGUUCUUCUGGUGUAAUGCUGUGUUAAAUAGCGCACACCAAUUAAAGGUGUGUUUUGUGACCUGUUAUUUCACAAUCUUGCUGUUACUUAUCUCAGACAACCAAGGAACAUUACACUUCUCAUUACAUUUGACACUCCUUUUCCUGCUAGAAAGUCACCUCACUUUUGAGUCAGAGCUUACUUACCACAUAAAUAUUCUCGGGAUCCUUUUUGUUAUGGUAUCAGAAACUUUGGAUAACAAUCCCAGUAAGCCACAGACAAAAACAAUCACUUUUACUGGGCUUAGCUUGCUCACCUGUAUUUGCCCCGAAAUGUCACAUUAUGGUUAUUAGAAAGUAUGCACUCUUUGCUUUACCUCUUCAAAAUUAGAUGCCUGCUAUCCCUUGUUCUACGCAUUUAUGCGUUUCAGCUUCUUGGUCAAAGCUCAGCAUAAAUAGCAGCUCUUGUUCAGCAUUCUUUCUAAACAUCAAUGCAGUCACAUAACUGGUAAAUUCUACCUGUUGGUAGUUUUAGGUAUAUAGAAAUCCCUGGUGGUCCUAAAUCAUAUCCCCAUUGCAUAGAGACUAAUGCCCCGUGAAUUUCAGCAUGACCAGUGCGAAUCCAGCCCAUCCCAUUAACUGUAUUUAUGGGCCAUAGACCAACAGUUUUGAUAAGUCAGCAGUUAUGUAAAAGUUUAAACUACAAUUCUGAGUUGUGUUAAUGACAGAUAUCCAUUCAGAUGAGGUCUUAAUGAGUGCAGCGUUGAAGCUUGUAUUGCAGACAUGGCCCAGUCAUUGUUUAUGAUGAAAAGGGCAGUGAAGAUGAAGAGCAGAUGCACAAAAGUCACUGUGCACUGAACACAGAGCUUUUUGGGUAGCAUCAGUCUGUUAACAGACAGCUACAGUCUUCCCUGUGCUUCAUUGGUUAACUAGAUUGCAUUGCAACAGAUGAUCAAUUGCACACUGCACCCUGAGUAGACCCCAGGAAUAAAAGCUGCUGCAAUGCAAAAGCUAACAGGGAUCUAAGUAAACAAGGAAGCAAACUUGCUCCCCAAUGCACUGGUUCACUAUGUGCUCAUGCAGUGAAGCAGGCUGGCUACUUUUUAACAGCUUUUCUCCCUCAUUAUCUCAAAAAUAUAUACUUAAGAGAACAGUGAUAUGUGGAAUUAGUUAAACUGUUUGGAAUGUAUUUACCACAAGAAAAAUAGAAAACACUAGGGACACAAGAUAUUAUUGGUUUGUCGGUAUCAGCAGAUGUUAGAUAUAAAAGUUCAUUAUUGGUAUUGGCUGUAAAUAACGAUCUAUAUUAGCUGUAAAUGUUGGCCGUAUUUACAAAUAUGUUUGUAAAAUUUUAACCUGGACCACUAUACCGACAUGAGGUGAAGACUUUCUUUGUUCAUCCUCAUUCCUUAAAGUGUGGUUUAGGUCUGAACUACAUGUAUAAAUAUCCAUACUGAUAUCUGUAUCAGCUGAAAUUAAUAUUUAAAUAUCUACAUCGGAUAGCAACAAAAAUCGAAUAAUGUGCAUCUUUGGUGAAACGUGAUGAUGCUAUGUCUGAAGCCAAGCCCGAACCAACUCAGGCCUGAGGAGAGGGGAUCUCGGACCAACUGGCUCCAGGCUCUAAGCUUUGUCUGGCUGGUCUCAGGCAGUAAAUCUAACCUUAAGCAGGGGAAGCAUACCUCGCUGCGGUAUCCACAAGUUUAAAUCCAGCCCUCAGUCCUUUUCAAUCUUGAAUCCCAACCUCUCCCUCCUGCUUCUGACUUUUUCCACUGUCCUGUCUCUCAAUAAGUGAAUGAAAAUCUUUAAAAAGAAAAAAAAUUGCUUCUUUUUCCUCUGCCCAUGUGUAAUAGCACAGCAGCUCUGAAUAGACCCCAGUUUGCUGUGAUCCUAACGCUAAUGGGGAUCUAGAUAAACAAGGAAACAAACUUGUUUCCUAUUGCACUAUUUCACUUUGUGCUUAAAGAGUGAGGCAGGCUGGCAGUGCCACUUUUUAACAGUUUUUCCCCGACAAUAUGUCAAAAACACACAUUAAUGAAAAAAAGUAAUAUAUUGUCUUAGUAAAAAAACGACUUUAAGUAUAGUUACUACAAGAAAAAAAGACAGAAACUAUAGGGAUGCACAAUAUCACCGGCAUAUCAGUAUCAGCAGAUAUUGGCUUUAAAAAUUUAUUUAUAUCGGCUGUAAAUAUUGGCCAUUUUUAAAAAUGAUUUUGUGGAUUUUAAGCAGGACCAACAUACCUACGUCAGUUCAAAUCAUUUUCUUCGUUCAUCCUCAUUCCUCAAAAUUUCAAGUGUAUUUUAGGGAUUGAAGUUUAGGUCUGAGCUACAAGUAUAAAUAUUGGUGUUGAUGUCAUUAUCAGCUUAAAGGAAUAUGUAAAUAUCAGAAUCAGGUAAAAAGCAAACAUUGUGCAUCCCUACAAAACUCACAAUCUUGGGUAAAAUAUAGUUAUAAUGCUAUGUCUGAAGAGAUGUCUUUCACUGCCUUUGAGUACCACCUGGUUUGAUCCCAAAGGGAGGGAAGGAUCCUGGACCAGCUGGCUCCAAGCUAUGUGCUGUUUUGGCUAGCCUUGGGCUCGGGUCAUAAAUCUAACCUUUACAAUGGAAUACAAUAACUUUAUUUAU